AUGGCUGGCCUCACUGACGUCUUGAUGGACCUGCCUUAUGUGAAUCAUGUUUGUUUCUACAAAUGGCUGCUCUGGAAGCUCGUCCCUUCCAGUCGCUGGGCUGCCAGGCUGCCCGAGGUGGCUGAGAUGCAUGUUGCCUGUUCUGAGCCACAGAAUGCCCCAGACCAGGCCUCUGAGCAGGAGCCAGAGGCCUCUUUGCCCUCGAGGCACAAGGCUGUUGUGCGAGGUUUACUAAACCCCUUCUGCCUUUGGCUGCUGUCUCUGCGUGAGAGUCUGCUCGGCUGGUACUUCUACCUCUGCAAGGUGCAGGAGGACGUGGUCAGCGACAUCCAUCUCUCGCUGGAGUUCUGCACCAGCACGUUCUUCUACUGGGCCCAGAACCUGCUGGUGGGCUGCAUGCUGCUGCUGCUGCUCGUAUGGAAGGCUUCCCAGAGAGUCCAGCAGUGUGUCCAGACGCAGCUGCAGUGGAGCUGGAGGGCACUCGAGAGGCAGCUUGUUACUGUGCUGUCGCUGCUGCUGACCUGCUACUGGCGCCUGGAGAGUCUGGUGGCCCCAAUAGUCUGGGGCCCUGCCUACUGCAUCACCUGGCUCACCGGCCUCGUGUCCUGGCUCCUGCAAGCUGCGUUUGAACAUACCGUCAGUGUCGCUAGCCAGACGGAGGAGGAGGGCGUGGAGAUGGUGAUGAUGAAGACUGAGAGGGGAGGAAGGCCUCACGCUGCCCUCGCACCAAAGGAUUCACAUUUCCUUGGGAAGGAGGCCAAAGUCGAAGUUUCUUCUCAUGGCCUUUAA